CUAUCGUGUAACUGACAGAAAGCCCAGCCUGGAGUUCCUCAGCGCUGAUGGUGAAUAGCCACUGCUGCGGUAACGGGCGGAGGAGAAGAAGCCGCAGAAGGAGUCAGCAGUGGCACAGGAGUGAUAGUUCGGAGAUAGUCUUAUAGAAUUAGCAGUAUUACGUGUAUCGUCUGAUCCUUACAAACCCCAGAAAGGAAGGGAAGGGAAAAAUAAGGAAAGAUGGCGGCCGCGGCCUCGCCGGGCUCCGGCUCGUCCACCUCUUCAGACUGGAUUGUACUGAGAGACGGUUGCCUGCGUUGCGACGAGGAGGGCCUGCGAAGCCUUUCCUACCACCCGGCCCUCAACGCUAUCCUGGCCGUUACCAGUCGCGGCAGUAUCAAAGUAAUUGACGGCACUUCGGGGGCCAUUCUCCAGGCUUCAGCGAUGCACGCUAAACCUGGCGGUCGUGUCAGGUGUCAGUACUUUCCUGCAGUGGACAAGGUGCUUUUUGUGGACGACUAUGCAGUGGGAUGCAGGAAGGACCUGAAUGGCAUCCUGCUACUGGACACAGCUCUUCAGCCUCCUGUGGCCAAGCCUGAGGAUAUGGUCCAACUGGAGCUGCCAGUCACAGAGGCCCAGCAGAUGCUCUCAGCCUGUCAGGAAAAGAUUGAUGUGUCUAACACAGAGGGCUAUGAACUCUUUAUCACCCAGCUCAAAGAAGGCCUGAAGAAUACCUCACACGAGACGGCAGCCAAUCACAAAGUGGCCAAGUGGGCGACGGUGACCUUCCAUCUUCCCCACCAUGUGCUGAAGCUGGUGGCCAGUGCAAUCGUCAGUGAGCUCAAGAAGAUAAACCAGAAUGUAGCUGCCUUGUCUGUGGCCUCAUCCAUCAUGGACAGGCUCUCCUACCUCUUGUCAAGCGCCAGACCUGAGCUUGGUGUGGGCCCUGGGCGCUCUGUAGAUAGAUCUUUGAUGUACAGUGAGGCCAACAGGAGGGAGACUUUUACAUCGUGGCCACAUGCCGGGUACAGGUGGGCUCAGCCUGAUCCAAUGGCACAAGCAGGGUUUUACCACCAGCCUGCCUCAACAGGGGAUGACAGAGCCAUGUGUUUCACCUGUAGUGUGUGUCUGGUCUGUUGGGAACCUACAGAUGAACCCUGGUCAGAACAUGAGCGACAUUCUCCCAAUUGCCCAUUUGUGAAGGGCGAGCACACGCAGAAUGUGCCACUGUCAGUAACACUGGCCACCAGCCCCGCCCAAUUUCCCAACAGCUCCGACAGUUUGGACAAGAUCGCCUGCUAUGGCUUCGGCAGCUGCCCGCAGUUUCUGGCUGCUGCCACCAAGAGGGGCAAGAUCUGCAUCUGGGAUGUCUCUAAAAUGAUGAAGAUGCACUUGAAGUUUGACAUCAAUCCAUACGACCCGGCCAUCCUGAGGCAGCUGAUUCUGUGCGGUGGUGAGCAGACCCUUACUGAUUCUCGGAGACCAACCCUCGCCUGGCUGGAGGAGUCAUCCUCCUGCUCUGACCUGCCCAAGCUAGAGGGAGACAGUGACGACCAGUUGGAGGAUUCAGACAGCGACGAGCAUUCCCGAUCAGAGUCAUUAACAGGCCAACAGUCCCAGUGGGAGAGCAUGGAUGUGAGCCUAGGGCUGACGUCGCUGAGUGUGCUCCAGCAGCCAGAGAAGCUCCAGUGGGAGGUGGUGGCCAGUGUGCUGGAGGACACGGUCAAGGACCUGGAGGAAUUGGGUGCCAACCCCUCACUAAACCAAGCCAAGGCCCACAGCCAGGCCAAAGCAAAGGACAAGGUCGCUGACCACCACAACAUUCCCUUUCCCUGUCUGCUGGCCGGAGGCCUGCUCAGCUACCGCUCAGCAUCCGGCCCCCCCAUGGCGGGACCCCCACCUCCACCCACAGCCUCAGCUACAUCACGCAGGACCACAGAUGGUCCCCUUAGGACUCAGGGCCCUGAGCCCUUCCACCCUGGGCCUCUACAGGACCAAGGCCCCAUGGAGAUAGAGACCUGCAACCCCCAGAUUGCAGCCCAGGAGCAGGGCUUCUCUAACCUAGUAGGUUCCCAACCACCAAGCCCCUCCUCUCUACCGGCUGUGCGCAGGACUAUACCUGUUCUGCUGCUGUACAGUAUCAGAGAGGUGGAUGACAAGUCCUCAGGGCAGGUGUUUACUCAAAUGAACAACCUAAUGAGCAAGGGGCUCCACGAGGAGGGCUUCACUGUGCCACAAAUUAUAGAGAUGGAGUUCGACACACACGAGCAGCUUCUUCUCCAGGAUCCUCCUAUCACUUACAUUCAGCAGUUUGCUGAUGCAGCAACUAAUCUGGCAGGGUUAGACGGUCACAUGGACAAAUGGAGCACGCUGGCUGCAGCGACUGCCUCUACCCCGCCUCGACCUGGAGCACUGGUGCAGUGCUUGAGGCUUCCCAAACCGCUGGAAGAGGAGAAUCUUUACGUGGACUCUAUCACGCCCUGCUGGGAUGGUGUUCACCUUCUGGUCGGCCUGCAGCCAUGUGGCACUGAAUCUCUGAGUGCAUCAAACCAAGUCGAGGCUCUCAACAAUCUCAACCGCCUGCACUCUGCACUCUGCAGCCAGCGCAAAGGAGACUCCCUACACUCAGUUGCCAAUGGGGUGGAAGGCCACCACUCUGGGGGCUCACCGCCUCAGACACCCCUCAUUCUGCCCCCAGGAGACCACCAGCAGCAGCAGCAGCAGCAGCAGCAGCAGCGGUCCCCAAGUGGUGGGAGUGGAGGCUAUCUUGCACUCUACAAGCUCAACUACUCCACCCGUAUUGUCACCUUGGAUGAGGAACCCGUCAAGGUGCAACAGAUCUGGGACCCUUGUGAUGCCAUCACCUCUCUUAUAUUGCUUCCUCCAGAUGUGCUUGAUAGCAGGGAGGAUGACAGUGAAGAGGCUCCCGAGGAGGCUCUCCCCUCCGGGUCCAAAAAGGGCUCUUUUGGGUUUGGAAUGGCCCCGGCAGGCUCUGCUGGAACUGGGACUGCAUGUGGAGCAGCCACAACCAGCAGCAGCACUACUGUCAUCAGUCCCUCCACCUCUGCCUUGAGCCACAAAGAGAGCAAACGGUUAGAGGUGACUGGCCUGGGCCACCUGGUGGUGACCACACAGGCUGGAUACAUUAUGAUACUGGACCUGUCCACGUUGGAGGUCCUGGCCAAGGUGGAGCCGCCUAAGAAGGAAGGUUCGGCAGAGGAGACGGACCCCUUUGUCUCGGUUACCUAUUGCUCCGGGACUGACCGCCUUUGUGCCUGCACCAAAGGUGGAGAACUUCAUUUCCUUCAAAUUGGAGGGGUCUGUGACGAUCUAGACGAUGGAGACAUGUUUAUUGAUGGCCCCCUUUCUAAAGGGGCUGAACUGCUGCUUGAGGGUGCCAAGCCCUCCUCCAACCCCUCUAGCCCUGGGAUCACAGGAGUGGACCUCUUGGUGGACCAACCGCUGAGCACAGAGAGCCUGAUGUCACUAGUGGAGCUGACACGCUUCGAGACGUUGAUCCCCCGCUUCUCGGCCACUGUGCCACCAUGCUGGGUGGAGGUGCAGCAAGAGCAGCAGCAGCGACGCCACCCACAGCACCUUCACCAGCAGCACCACGGAGAUGCAGCCCAACACACUCGGACCUGGAAGCUUCAGAGUGAUGGCUCCAGCUGGGACGAACAUGUGUUUGAGCUGGUGCUGCCCAAGGCCUGCAUGGUGGGCCAUGUGGAUUUCAAGUUUCUCCUGAAUGCCAACAUCAUCAACAUUCCUCAGAUCCAGGUCACUUUACUGAAGAACAAAGCACCCGGGCUGGGCAAAGUCAGCGAGACAGCGGUGGACAGACAGAUCUCCUUUCCCCUCUCCAGCAUCCUCCAUGCUAACGGGGAAAGAAACGGCCAGCCUCUGCUGCACGACUUCACAGAGGACAUCCAGUUCAUGGACAUUGAGGAGACAUCAGGUUCCAUGCUGUGUCCAUUCCUAGAGGACCACAAGGAGGAUAUCCUGUGUGGUCCAGUGUGGCUGGCCAGUGGGCUGGACCUCUCUGGCCACGCAGGCAUGCUCAGCCUCACCAGUCCCAAGCUGGUCAAAGGCAUGGCAGGAGGCAAGUACCGCUCCUUCCUGGUUCACAUCAAAGCAGUGAGUGACAGGGGCAUGGAGGAGAGCCCCCGGCCUGUGGUGAGAAUGCCUAGUGCCAAGCCCCAGGGCACCAAAGCCCACUCACUGUCGACCCUGCUGCAACGGGCUCAGGCCUCUAAGGAGAAGGUCUCUGCAGUGAAAAGCGAGACCUCAGCACCCUCGAAGAAAGUAGAAAACCUGCGAGGCUGUGACCUGCUGCAGGAAGUUUCUGUCACAAUCAGAAGGUUUAAGAAGACAUCAAUGCCCAAAGAAAGGGUCCAACGUUGUGCUAUGCUGCAGUUCCCAGACUUCCACGAGAAGCUGCUGGACGCGCUGUGUCGCCGCACAGACAGCAGCCCGGCCACUGAACACGCCCAAAGCCUCAUCCUCGACAUCUUGUGCUGGCUGGCUGGGGUUUUCUCCAAUGGACCUUGCAGUUUAAGAGAAGGAAAGGAGGGCCUGCUGGCAAAGUCCCGGACGCGCCUAACGGGAAUUGUGCGGAUGUGUUUCUUCGAGGCUGGCCGGAGCAUAGCGCACAAAUGUGCUCGCUUUCUUGCACUUUGUAUUAGCAAUGGGAAAGGGGACCCAAGUCAGCAGGGUUUUGGCGUAAGUCUUCUGAAGGCAAUGCUAGACAAUAUGCUUUACUUGCCUGCAGCAGCAACUGGUGGCUCGGUGUUCUGGUACUUUGUGUUGUUGAACUAUGUGAAGGAAGAGGACCUGGCAGGCUGCAGCACCGCCUGCGCCUCCCUGCUCACCACCAUCUCUCGACAGCUGCAGGACCGCCUCACCCCACUGGAGGCACUGCUGCAGACCAGGUACGGCCUGUACAGCUCUCCGUUUGACCCGGUGCUCUUUGACCUGGAGGUCAGUGGGUCCUCCUGUAAGAAUGCCUUCAACAGCAGCAUCGGAGUCCAGUCAGAUGAGAUUGAUCUCUCUGACAUCCUGUCAGGGAAUGGGAAAGUGAGCAGCUGUGCAGCAGCAGAAGGCAGCUUCACUGCAUUAACAGGACUCCUGGAAGUAGAGCCGUUGCACUUUACUUGUAUCUCCACUAGUGAUGGCACACGGGUGGAACGAGAUGACGCCAGCAUGUUCACCGUAAGUACAUUUGGCGUGACUCCUGCGGUGGGUGGCCUGUCGACAGGAACGGUUGGGGAAGCUUCUACAGCCCUGAGCUCUGCAGCUCAGGUGGCGCUCCAAUCACUGUCCCACGCCAUGGUGUCCGCGGAGCAGCAGCUGCAGGUCCUGCAGGAGAAACAACAGCAGCUGCUGAAGCUGCAGCAGCAGGUGAAAGAUCAAGCCACGCACGCACGUCCCUUUUGCUCUUAUUAUUUAUGUGGCAUUCUGGAAAAAAGAUCCCAACGGACCAUGCAGAAGGCCAAGCUUGAGGCUAAGCUGCAUCAGACCACCUCUGCAGCAGCCUCUGCCUCCAGUGUGGGACCCAUCCACAACUCUGUACCUUCCAACCCCUCCUCUGCUCCGGGCUUCUUCAUUCACCCCUCUGAUGUCAUCCCCCCGACACCUAAAACUACACCCCUCUUCAUGACCCCUCCUCUCACGCCGCCCAACGAGGCGGUGUCGGCAGCCUUUAGCGCUGAGCUGGCUCACCUGUUCCCCGGCUCUAUGAUGGACCCUGGCCCUGUCAACCUGGCCGCACACAAGAACACACAGAAAGCCAAGACGAGCCCCAUGGGCAGUGGUCUGGCUCUGGCCAUUUCCCAGGCGUCUCACUUCCUGCAGCCUCCUCCACACCAGUCCAUCAUCAUAGAGCGGAUGCACUCUGGAGCUCGUCGCUUUGUCACGCUGGACUUUGGCCGUCCCGUGCUGCUGACGGACGCUCUGAUCCCGACCUGCGGUGACCUCGCCUCUCUGUCGAUAGACAUCUGGACACUGGGUGAGGAGGUGGACGGUCGCAGGCUUGUGGUGGCCACCGACAUCAGCACCCACUCCCUCAUUCUGCACGACCUGCUGCCACCACCUGUAUGCAGGUUCAUGAAGAUCACUGUGAUUGGGCGCUACGGCAGCACCAAUGCUCGGGCAAAGAUCCCACUGGGCUUCUACUAUGGCCACACUUACAUCCUGCCUUGGGAGAGUGAGCUUAAGUUGAUGCAUGAUCCCCUGCGGGGAGAGAGCGAGGCAGCCAGUCAGCCUGAUGUGGAUCAGCACUUGACCAUGAUGGUGGCACUGCAGGAGGACAUCCAGUGCAGAUACAAUCUAGCUUGCCAUCGGCUGGAGACCCUUCUGCAGAACAUCGACCUGCCGCCUCUCAACAGCGCUAACAAUGCCCAGUACUUCUUACGAAAGCCAGACAAGGUGGUGGAGGAGGACCAGCGUGUUUUCUCAGCCUACCAGGACUGCAUCCAGCUGCAGCUGCAACUCAACCUGGCUCACCACGCCGUCCAGCGGCUGCGUGUAUCACUGGGGGCCAGCCGCAAAUCUCUCCCAACAGCCGGUGCUCCGGAGGUCCAGGAGCUGGUUCACAACUCAUCCACAGAGCAGCUGAGGACCAUCAUCCGCUACCUUCUGGACACACUCCUCAGUCUGCUGCACUCCAACAAUGGCCACUCUGUGCCCUCAGUGCUCCAGAGUACCUUCCAUGCCCAAGCCUGCGAGGAGCUUUUCAAACACCUUUGCAUCAGUGGGACGCCUAAGAUCCGUCUUCACGCCGGCCUGCUGUUGGUUCAGCUCUGUGGAGGCGAGCGUUGGUGGGGCCAGUUCCUCUCCAACGUACUGCAAGAGCUCUACAACUCUGAACAACUGCUCAUCUUCCCUCAGGACAGGGUGUUCAUGCUCCUGUCCUGCAUUGGCCAGAGAUCCUUAAGUAACAGUGGUGUGUUGGAGGGCCUCCUGAACCUGCUGGACAGUCUGCUGUCUCCACUGCAGCAGCCACAAGCUGCUGCCCAGCGCAGGAGUGACGGUGUUUUGGAUAUCCCCAUGAUCAGCUGGGUCGUGAUGUUGGUGUCCAGACUGUUGGACUAUGUAGCCAAUAUAGAAGAUGAGGCCUCAGGUGGGAAGAAGCACCUUGGAGUGAAAGAACGAGAGAGAACUUUUACAGGUAUUCAGUGGAGCUUCAUCAAUAACAGCCUUCAGUCUCAGAACUCCAGCAGGUCAGCUAAAGGCAGCAGCAGCCUGGAUCGACUCUACUCGCGCAAGAUCCGCAAGCAGCUCGUCCACCACAAGCAGCAGUUAAAUCUAUUGAAAGCAAAACAGAAAGCUUUGGUGGAGCAGAUUGAGAAGGAGAAGAUCCAGAGCAACAAAGGCUCCUCGUACAAACUGCUGGUGGAACAGGCCAAGCUCAAACAGGCCACAUCCAAGCACUUUAAAGACCUGAUCCGUCUGCGACGGACGGCCGAAUGGCCCCGCUCGACGUUAGACACAGAGUCCAGUACAGCCAAAGAAGCCCCAGAAGUAGAACCUCUGCCCUUUACACUGUCCCAUGAACGCUGCAUCUCUGUGGUGCAGAAGCUGGCCCUCUUCCUCCUCUCCAUGGACUUCACCUGCCAUGCUGACUUGUUGCUCUUUGUCUGCAAGGUCCUUGCUAGGAUAGCCAAUGCUACAAGACCCACAAUCAACCUGUGUGAGGUGGUGUCUGAGCAGCAGCUGGAGCGUCUGCUGCUCCUGCUUGUGGGGACCGACUUUAACCGCGGGGACAUCUCCUGGGGGGGGGCCUGGGCGCAGUAUUCCCUCACGUGUAUGCUACAGGACAUCCUAGCAGGUGAAUUGCUGUCUCCAGGCUCUCUGGACGUCAUGGAUGAGGUGGGAGUGGGUGACGAGGCCGGGGCGUCGUCCUCUUCAGCAGGGGCUGAUUUGGACGACUGCCUCCCCCAGCAGACAGCCAUCCCCCUGGUAGAGAGCAUUGAUGAGGCCUUGGUGCCUGAUAUCAUUGCAGGUACUACGGGGACCUCCUCACUAUUCCAAAGUGCUCCACCUCUGUCAACUUUGGAAAAAGAUAAAGACAUAGACUUUGACUUGCUACAAGAUCUGAUGGAUGUUGAUAUUGAUCCUUUAGAUAUUGAUUUGGAAAAAGAUCCACUCGCUGCCAAAGUGUUUAAGCCUAUAAGCAGUACCUGGUAUGACUACUGGGGCGCUGACUAUGGCACGUACGGGUACAACCCCUACAUUGGAGGGGUUGGUAUCCCAGUGUCCAAACCUCCAGUUGCUGCUGAAAAGCCCGGGUCACAGAGUCUGUCAGUCUCAGUGUCACAGGCACUGGAUGCCCGGCUAGAAGUGGGACUGGAGCAGCAGGCUGAACUGAUGCUCAAAAUGAUGGCAACUCUACAGGCUGACUCGAUUCUUCAGGCCCUCACUUCAAGCUCAACCACAAUGAGCCAGGCCUCCAAUGGGACUGAUGACUCCCUGCUGAGGGCUCUCCAUGGAGGAGGCUCUCCUCCAGCCGGCUGCCUCAUGAUCCAGCCCUCGUCCAUCCCCAUGUUGAGUGGCUGCUUCAACAAGCUCUUCUCCAUGCUGCAGGUCCACCAUGUCCAGCUGGAGUCUCUGCUGCAGCUGUGGUUAACACUCAGUCUCAACACGUGUUCUGGCGGCAGUGAAGAGAGCGGAUCAGACAUCUUUCUGUUCAACGCCAGCCGAGUGCCCACCAUCCCGCUCAACCAAGCAUCCAUCAGCAGUUUCCUAACAGUACUGGCGUGGUACCCCAACACCUCCCUGAGAACAUGGUGUCUGGUGCUACACUCUCUCACCCUGAUGACCAACAUGCCAGCCUGCGCCUCCAGCAACGGAAUGAGCUCUCAGGAAAGCACAGCACAGCAGAUCGUGUCUGAUCCCACCCUGGUUCAUGUCCUUGUGCGCUUCCUGUCUGGCAGCAGCACCAAUGGGACAAGCCAGCACAGCUCUCAGGUGGGACCCACCGCCACCCAGGCCAUGCAUGAGUUUUUGAGCCGCCUGCAAGUCCACCUGUCCUCCACUAGUCCGCAGAUUUUCAGCGAGUUCCUCCUCAAACUCAUGCACAUCCUGUCUACUGAGAGGGGUCCGUUCCAGUCAGGCCAGGGUCCAUUGGACGCUCAGGUGAAGCUGCUGGAGUUUACUCUCGAGCAAAACUUUGAGGUCGUCUCAGUGUCUACCAUCUCCUCCGUCAUCGAGUCCAUCACAUUCUUGGUUCACCACUACAUCACCUGCUCCGACAAAUUGGUUUCCCGCAGCGGCUCAGACAGCUCUGUGGGGGCUCGGGCUUGUUUUGGUGGUUUAUUUGCCAACAUCAUCAGGCCAGGAGACGCGAAAGCUGUCUGUGGAGAGACGACACGCGACCAGCUGAUGUUCGACCUGCUCAAGCUGGUCAACGUGCUGGUGCAGCUGCCUCUGUCGGGGGACAGAGAGUUCAGUGGACGACUGCCGCCGGCCGGCAGUGAAGCAGCUGGUAGCAGCGUGUCGGACGAGGAGAAGGUCUGUGGCAGCAAAGAAAGUGUGGCUGGUGGAUCGGCGUUUAGUCAGGGUCCCCCUGCAGGUGUGGCCGACCUGGUGCUAGCCAAUCAGCAGAUUAUGAGCCAGAUCUUGUCGGCACUGGGCCAGUGCAACAGCAGUGCCAUGGCCAUGAUCAUAGGAGCCAGCGGUCUCCACCUGACCAAACAUGAGAACUUUCAUGGCGGUCUAGACGCCAUCUCGGUGGGUGACGGCCUUUUCACCAUCCUCACCACCCUCAGCAAGAGGGCCACCUCAGUGCAGGUCAUGUUACAGCCCAUCCUCACAUACAUGGCCUGUGGUUACAUGGGCAGACAGGGGUCUCUUUCCACCUGUCAGCUGUCGGAGCCUCUUUUGUGGUUCAUCCUCCGAGUGUUGGAUACUAGCGAGGCUCUCAAGACCUUCCACGACAUGGGUGGUGUACAGUUGAUCUGUAACAACAUGGUGACCAGCACCCGGGCAAUUGUGAACACAGCACGCAGCAUGGUGUCCACCAUCAUGAAGUUCUUAGAUUCAGGUCCAGGGAAGACAGCGGAUGGCAACCUCAAAGCCAGAGUGAUGACCUCAGAGCCAGACAAUGCUGAGGGACUCCACAACUUUGCUCCCUUAGGCACCAUCACAUCCAGCAGCCCCACAGCUCAGCCAGCAGAGGUCCUCCUCCAAGCCACGCCACCCCACCGCCGGGCCCGCUCAGCAGCCUGGUCCUACAUCUUCCUGCCGGAGGAGGCUUGGUGUGACCUCACCAUCCACCUCCCCGCUGCUGUGCUGCUGAAAGAGCUCCACAUCCAGCCACACCUUGCCUCUCUAGCCACCUGCCCAUCCUCCGUCUCAGUGGAGAUCAGUGCUGAUGGGGUCAAUAUGUUGCCGCUCUCCACCCCAGUCAUCACCAGCGGCCUGACGUACAUAAAGAUCCAGCUAGUGAAGGCGGAGGUUGCGUCGGCUGUUUGCCUGAGGCUGCAUCGGCCUCGUGAUGCUAGCACGCUGGGUUUGUCUCAGAUCAAACUCUUGGGCCUGACGGCGUUCGGUAAUACCUCCUCUGCAACCGUCAACAACCCGUUCUUGCCUUCUGAGGACCAGGUCUCUAAAACCAGCAUCGGGUGGCUGCGUCUUCUCCACCAUUGCCUGACCCAUGUCAGUGACCUGGAGGCCAUGAUGGCCAGUGCUGCAGCACCCACCGCCAACCUGCUGCAGACCUGCGCCGCGUUGCUCAUGUCACCUUACUGCGGCAUGCACUCGCCUAACAUCGAGGCUGUGCUGGUCAAGAUUGGCCUGCAGUCCACUCGCAUUGGACUAAAACUCAUCGACAUUAUGCUGAGGAACUGUGCCGCCUCUGGCACCGACCCUACCAAUUUGAACAGUCCUCUGCUGUUUGGGCGACUGAAUGGCCUUUCCUCAGAUUCCACCAUUGACAUCCUGUACCAGCUGGGCACCACACAGGACUCUGGAACCAAAGACAGGAUCCAGGCUCUUCUGCAGUGGGUCCAUGACUCUUCGCGGGUGGCGGCUCACAAGAUGAGUGGCCCCAUGGGAUACACUGGCGCCGUUGCUGGCUCUUCAUCUGCUUCGUCCAGAGAGUACGGCCUCCUAAUGCCGUCACCCUCCCACCUCCACUGUGUCGCAGCUAUCCUGUGGCACAGCUACGAGCUGCCUGUUGACUACGACCUGCCUGCACUGCUCAACAGAGAACUCUUUGAGCUGCUGUAUAACUGGUCUAUGUCGUUGCCAUGCAACAUUGUGCUGAAGAAGGCUGUGGACAGCCUGCUGUGCUCCAUGUGUCACAUCCACCCCAGCUACUUCUCCCUGCUCAUGUCCUGGAUGGGGAUCGUCUCAGUGCCUAGCGCCAGUCACUCUCAAGCCCAGCACCACCGCCUCGCCAUGACUGACGAUGGCAAAAAGCAGCACGACGCCAAGACCAACUCUGCAGGACUUACCGACGACUCAAAGCAUGCAAGACCUCCCAUUAAUCUGUCUGAAUCCCAGUUAACGACGCUGGCAGCUGCCUCCCAGUCUCCAGGAGCCAUCGAGCAGCUGCUGGACUCGGGCUUACCCUCACUGCUGGUUCGCAGCCUGGCCCAGUUCUGUGUCGGCCUUCUGGCCAGCGCCGACCUGCCUCUGCCCGCUGCUCAGGCCGAGAGACGACAUCACCAUCACCACUACCACUCCUCGUCCUCACACAUACGGCCACCUUUGGCUGCAGAGCUGGCCGCUCCGGUGCUGCGCUUCCUGACUGAAGUAGGCAACAGUCACGCCAUGAAAGACUGGUUAGGAGGACCAGAGGUAAACCCGCUCUGGACAGCACUGCUUUUCCUGCUGUGCCAUUCCAGUGCUAGUGCUGGUGCCAAUGCAGGCUGUCAGCCACUAGGCUCUGGAUCUGCGGCAGGUCCCCCUCCAUCCCAGCCUCAGGCUUCAGGGUCACGUUUCUCCUUAACAUCUUCUGGACAGGCAGGAGGACUCACCACCCAGCAGAGGACUGCUCUGGAAAAUGCCACUGUGGCCUUCUUUCUCCAGUGCAUCUCCUGCCACCCUAACAACCAGCGGCUCAUGGCUCAGGUUCUCUGUGAGCUCUUCCAGUCUGCACCCCAGCGAGGCAACGUGCCUAUCUCUGGAAACAUCUCAGGCUUCAUUCGAAGGCUUUUCUUGCAGCUCAUGCUGGAGGACGAGAAGGUCACUGUCUUCCUUCAGUCUCCUUGUCCGUUAUACAAAGGUCGCAUCAAUGCCACCAGCCACAUGAUCCAGCAUCCCAUGUAUGGAGCAGGCCACAAGUACCGCACCCUCCAUCUGCCCAUCUCCACCACGCUGGCUGAAGUCCUGGACCGGGUGUCUGACACACCCAGCAUUACAGCCAAGCUGAUCAAUGAGCAGAAGGAGGACAAGGAGAAGAAGAAUCAUGAGGAAAAGGAAAAGAUGAAAGCAGACAGCGGAUUCCAGGACAACUACAGUGUUGUUGUGGCCUCAGGAUUGAAGUCCCAGUCCAAGCGAGCCCUUUCAACCCCUCCCAGACCUCCAUCGAGGAGGGGUCGCGUGAUGAGUGACAAGCUGACUGCUUCGUCUGGUGUGGAUCCUUCAGCCAAAACCAUCAGUGUGCCUGUCUUCCACCUCUACCACAAGCUGCUUCCAGGUCAACCCCUUCCAUCUGAGAUGACCCUGGCCCAGCUACUGACACUCCUGUACGACCGCAAACUUCCACAGGGCUACCAGUCAAUCAACCUGACAGUCAAACUGGGCUCCAAGGUUAUCUCUGACCCUGGCCUUUCAAAAACAGACUCCUUCAAGAGGCUGCGCACUGAGAAAGGUCCUCUCUUUGCUCUGCUUGCAGUGGAUCACUGUGACAUGCUGAACAGCUGUCCUGAGGAUGAACCAAUGACGCCGGGUGAAGAAUGUCUUGACUCCGCCACUGACGAGUCUCUGCUGGAGACCAACCCCAUCCAGUCACCGCUGCAGGUCUUUGCAGGAAUGGGUGGCCUGGCCCUCAUCGCAGAGAGGCUGCCUAUGCUAUACCCUGAUGUCAUUCAGCAGGUGAGUGCCCCAGUGGUGCCCUCCGCCACGCAGGAGAAGCCCAAGGACAGUGACCAAUUUGAGUGGGUAACCAUCGAGCAGUCGGGCGAGCUGGUGUACGAGGCGCCUGAGUCCAUUGCCGCCGAGCCCCCGCCUAUAAACAAGCAGCAGUCUCAGACAUCUUCGUCAUCAUCAUCCUCAGUGCAGACCAUGUCGCCCAUCCCUGCCCACUCACUGGCGGCGUUCGGCCUCUUCCUGCGUCUGCCAGGGUAUGCAGAGGUGCUGCUGAAGGAGAGGAAGCAUGCCCAGUGCCUGCUGCGCCUGGUGCUGGGUGUCACAGACGAUGGAGAGGGCAGUCACAUACUGCAGUCUCCAUCAGCCAACGUGUUGCCCACGCUGCCGUUCCACGUGCUGCGAGCGUUGUUCAGCAGCACUCCUCUGACCACUGAUGAUGGUGUUCUGCUACGUCGCAUGGCUCUGGAGAUUGGGGCCAUCCACCUCAUCCUGGCCUGUCUAUCGGCUCUCAGCCACCACGCCCCCCGCAACCCCAACGCCAGCACCAGUGUGUCUGAGCCGCAGAUAUCCAGUUGUCACGGUGGGGGGACCAGUGAGGAGCAGCAGCUGUACUGGGCUAAAGGGACUGGUUUUGGUACUGGAUCCACAGCCUCAGGCUGGGACGUGGAGCAGGCCCUCACCAAACAACGGCUCGAAGAGGAACACGUCACCUGUCUACUGCAGGUCUUGGCAAGCUACAUCAACCCAGCAGGCUCCAGCAGCUGCCACAGUGCUGAUGCAUCUUCAGCAGACUGCAGUGCCCACAACAGCGCAGCACUGCCAGCAGUGCUACAGGAGCUGUUGAGCCAGUCCUGCCUCAUCCCUGCCAUGUCCUCUUACCUACGCAAUGACUCAGUUCUGGAUAUGGCACGCCAUGUGCCUUUAUAUCGGGCGCUGCUGGAGCUGCUGAGGGCCAUUUCCACCUGCACGGCUCUGGUUCCUCUAUUACUGCCUCUCCCCGGAGACCCAGGACAUGACGAGGAGGACGAUGAAGAACACUCUGAGGGACAGACCUCUGUAGGGAUGCUGCUGGCCAAGAUGAAGACAUGUGUGGACACAUACACCAACCGCCUCAGGUCAAAGAAAGAUAAGAGUAAAGGUGUGGUGAAGACCGACAGCUCGGAUCCAGAGCCCGAGGGAUUGAGCCUGCUGGUACCUGACAUCCAGAGGACAGCUGAGAUCGUCUACGCUGCUACUACCAGCCUACGGCAGGCCAACCAGGAGAGGAAGCUGGUGGAGUCUUCAAGGAAGGUGUCAAGUCGGCCCAAGCCGCUGUCCAUUCUACGCUCUCUAGAGGAAAAAUACGUAGCUGCCAUGAAGAAGUUGCAGUUUGACACCUUUGAAAUGGUCUCAGAGGACGAGGAUGGAAAAGUGAUGUUCAAGGUGAACUACCACUACAUGUCUCAGGUGAAGAAUGCCAGCGAUACAAACAGUGCAGCCCGAUCCCGCCGCCUCGCCCAGGAGGCCGUCACCCUGUCCACCUCUUUGCCCCUGUCAUCCUCUUCCAGUGUCUUUGUCCGCUGUGAUGAGGAGAGACUGGACAUCAUGAAGGUUCUCAUCACAGGCCCAGCCGACACCCCUUAUGCCAACGGCUGCUUUGAGUUUGAUGUGUAUUUUCCCCAAGACUAUCCCAACUCUCCUCCGCUGGUCAAUCUGGAGACCACCGGUGGACACAGUGUGCGCUUUAACCCUAACCUCUACAAUGAUGGCAAAGUAUGUUUAAGUAUCCUCAACACAUGGCAUGGGAGACCAGAGGAGAAAUGGAACCCACAAACCUCAAGCUUUUUACAGGUGCUAGUGUCGGUGCAGUCCCUCAUUCUGGUGGCUGAGCCCUACUUCAAUGAGCCAGGGUAUGAACGCUCCCGCGGGACUCCCAGUGGCACCCAGAGCUCACGGGAAUAUGAUGGCAACAUCCGGCAGGCUACGGUCAAAUGGGCCAUGCUUGAGCAGAUGCGCAACCCUUCGCCAUGCUUCAAAGAGGUGAUCCACAAACAUUUCUACCUGAAGCGAAUAGAGAUCAUGUCUCAGUGUGAGGAGUGGAUCGCUGACAUCCAGCAGUACAGCAGCGAUAAGAGAGUCGGCCGCACCAUGUCCCAUCAUGCUGCUGCACUAAAGAGACACACGGCUCAGCUCAGAGAGGAGCUUCUGAAGCUGCCCUGCCCCGAUGGUCUGGAGGCCGACAGCGAGCAGUUCUCGGAGAGGAGUGCCGUCCUCAUCCUCAAAGAGCUGCCCAGUCAGGACGCAGAGAAGCCCGGUGGCAGUCAGGACAGCCACUGCAGCGAGGGCCAGCUAUGAGUCCUCACCCUCCCGCCCCAUCCAUUCCCAGCAUCUCCGACCCUCCCCCCCUCCCCCCUCCUCCUUAUGAUGAUUAUUACUCUCGAAAAGACUUGAUGGCUUCAGAGCACAAGCCACCACUUUGUCAAUAUUUGUAUGUAAAGAUCUAAUAGCAGAAUAGCAGGGGAUGUGGGGAACCAGAGCGCCAUGAGAUGAACUAUGAAGUAUGCUACACCCUUAUUGAAAACAGUCGGAAAAAACUUUUAUUUACCUGUAAAAGAGUGUAAACAUUUUGUGCUUUUUUCCAAUUGUGAAAUAACCACUGAUUGGUAUGUUAUUAAACUUGUUUAUGUAUACAUAAUGGCAGAGAAGAAAUUACAGAUUAUAUAAGGGAAACUACCUUUUAGAAAAGAAUGUUUACUGAAUGUUAAUUUCCUUUUGUUUCUUUUUGACUGUUAGAGCGAGAACAGUUGUAACCAAGGAUAUUGGUCAUUCUUUAAGGAUACUAUUUAAACAAUGAGAGAAAAAGAAAACUCACACUAUCGGAGAUAAAAGCCCCUCUGGUCAUCCAUUGCUUCAUUUGAUUUCUCUAGGAUCAUAUCCACUUGAAUAAAGGCUGAGAUGGACAUUCUUAAAUGCUAUGUUAUCCCUUUUACAGGCUCCAAAUUAAAAAGCACCAUUCUCUGGAUAAACAUUUGUUGCCUCUCAGAACUUCUCCAUGUUUUCCAUCGACGUGACUGUAGAUCGUGUGUCAGAGCCACGUGGGAAAUGUAUUUUGAAGGCUUGUGCAUGUGUAUGUGUGUUUUCUGUGCGUGUGCAACAAUCCCCAGUGAGAUUCAAAGCUGUGAUGUGCCUUUGAUCGACACCAUACCACCAAAUACUCGAGAGUACCUUCACUGAUUUCUUUGCUAUCUCUACAAAAUUAAUAAUUCUGCUCCGUCUGACGUAAAAAUUGCUUUGAUCUUUUUUUUAUUAUGUGAACAAAAAAAAAUGCACUUUCUAUUUUACUCACUCCUUAGAACAGUCACAUACUCCUUUUGCUAGGACAUUAAAUGGAGCUUGAAAGUA